AUGGACGUUGAUGACUCGGUUGUAGAAGUCUCUACUAGUGAGGAUGAGAUCGAGAGUGUUAAAGACCUCCAAAAUGUUUAUAAUGAAUUAUACAAGGAGCGCCUAAAACAAGGUGAGAAGUUGCUUUCGUUGAGCACAAGACUCAAAAUCAGUGAAGAUGAAAAGAAAAGACUGCAUGUGGACUUAGUUAAGUCCAAGGCUCGAAUUGUUGGGCUUGAGGAGGAGAGUAAGUCCCUCCAUGACAAGGUGAGCUUCCUUGAGA